GUUCCGGAGUGGGGAAAUAUGGCGGCGCGCUGGAGCAGUGAGAAUGUGGUGGUAGAGUUUCGGGAUGCGCAGGCAACUGCCAUGUCUGUGGACUGCCUUGGUCAGCACGCUGUUCUCUCGGGGAGGCGAUUCUUAUAUGUUGUAAAUCUGGAGACGCCGUCUGAAGCGCCACGCAAAAUCAGUCGCCAAAGCAAAUGGGAUGUUGGAACAGUCCAGUGGAAUCCACACAAAUCAGAGGCCCAUUUAUUUGCUGCAUCUAGUAACCAGCGUGUCGACCUGUAUGUUUGGCGUGAUGGAUCUGGCGAACCACACAAUUCUCUGCAAGGACACACGCGUGUUAUAAGUGAUUUGGACUGGUCCUGGUUUGAACCAGAGUUUCUUGUCACCAGUUCUGUGGACACAUACAUCUACAUAUGGGACACGAGGGACACUCGGAAACCGACUGUGGCGUUAUCUGCUGUAGCCGGAGCCUCUCAGGUGAAGUGGAACAAAAGAAAUCACUAUUGUUUAGCCUCCAGUCAUGAUGGUGAUGUCAGAAUCUGGGACAAGAGGAAACCCAACACUGCUGUGGAGUAUGUAGCAGCCCACCUUUCAAAAAUCCAUGGACUGGACUGGCACCCUGAGAAUGAGUAUAUCCUGGCCACUUCCAGUCAGGACAACUCUGUCCGAUUCUGGGAUUUUAGACAACCUCGGAAGUACCUUGAUAUCUUGUCCUGUCAGGUGCCUGUAUGGAAGGCCAGAUAUACGCCCUUCUCUAAUGGGCUGGUGACCGUGAUGGUUCCUCAGCUUCGACGAGAGAACAGUCUCCUCCUGUGGAGUACACUGGAACUCAACAGCCCCGUUCACGCGUUUGUAGGUCAUGAUGAUGUCGUGCUUGAAUUUCAGUGGAGGCCUCAGAAAGAAGGUUCCAAAGACUGUCAGCUGGUCACAUUGUCCAGAGACCAAACCCUCAGGAUAUGGAGAGUGGAUCCGCAACUCCAAAAGCUGUGCUGUGCGAACGACAUCACGGAGGAGUUGAUGGAAGGCUUGACUCUCACGACCGAGACAGAAAAGACGCUGCGUACGCAAGGUGCCGAGCCUCCGCUUAGUCCGGGACUCGCAGCGGAGAACUCACAGGAUCAGCUCGAAGGCCCAUGGUCUGGGCUGAUGUCCAGUGGUAAGAAUGACAUCCUGGGUUUACCUCAGACUCUACAGCAGGAGUUUUCUCUCGUCAACUUGCAGAUUCGCAAUGUCAAUGUGGAGAUGGAUGCCGUUAACCGCAGUUGCUUUGUUUCGGCCGACUGCGGAGCUAACCGUGUCCGUCUUGUGGUGAAGUUUCCUGCCCAGUAUCCCAACAAUGCUGCUCCGUCUUUCCAGUUUGUUCCUCCGACAAACAUCUCGUCUUCCAUGAAGACCAAGAUACAGAAGAUCUUGACAGAUACGUCACUUCAGAAGGUGAAAAGAAACCAGAACUGCUUAGAGCCCUGUGUCAGACAGCUGGUGUCCUGUUUAGAGUCAGAUAUGGAGGACGGUACAAACCCCUACGUACUGACCAACCCUGUGACUCCUGCGCUUCCUGCUUUCCCUCGAGUAACCAACACCUAUGGCUCGUAUCAGGAUGCCAACAUCCCCUUCCCCCGCACCUCAGGGGCACGCUUCUGCGGGACAGGUUCCUUGGUUUAUUUCACACGGCCCAUGACUAUGCAUCGCACACUCCCGCAGACUGAACCUACUCCAAGGUCACUAUCAGCUCUCUCAGCGUAUCACAGCGGGGUGAUGACGCCCAUGAAGAUGCGAACAGAGUCUCAGUCCACACUGAGGUUGUACAGCGGGAGCCCCACACGUACCGACAAAGACCAAGUCUCUAUUUCGUCUUUCUACUACAAAGAACGGAAGCCUCCUCUGUCUGCUCCCCGCCGCUGGUCUGUGCAGACUGUUCAUGACUGUCCGAAAUCACGCCGCUGGAAAGGCAAGCGAGAGGGAACCGACUACGGCAACAGACCCAUUAAACUGGCUGGCAAAGUCAUCAUCCAGGAGAUCUCGUGUCUGCUUCCUGUGCACAAAGCCCUCGGGGAGACAUACGUACUAAAUGUUAAUGACAUACUGGACACUUGUCAGAAGAAUGGAGCUGCAGCCUUAGCAGUCGGCCGCAGAGAUUUAGCAAAGGUCUGGGCACUUGCUUCAGCAGCCACUAGUCUUGACCUCAAUCCUGACCCUGACCCUGAUGCUGGAACUCCCUGGGCUAAACAUCCUUUUGGGCGACACUUGCUGGAGACAUUACUGGAGCACUACAGUCAGAUGAGUGAUGUUCAGAGUCUGGCCAUGUUGUGUAGCGUGUUCAGAGGUCACAGCAGUCCUCAGGAAUAUUUAACUCUAUAUGGACAUCAUCAGCCACGACCAGCCAUCCCCCACCCUCGCUACCCAAGCUUCACCUCCAGUUCUGUCACAUCUGGAUCAUGUUCAAGUACCUCCGAUUCUGCACCGAUUCCUUGGAACAUGGGUGGUCGUGAGUCCGAACACGUCCCUCCCUGGAGCGAAUCGUCGCCUGAUGACUAUCGCUAUGCAAACCAAAUUUUCUCUGACCCACGAGAACGAGAGAAAGAGCAACACGACAUGAACAAAAGGUUACUGGACCCCUCCAAUUCCUUCCAGUUCGAUGACUUUAAGAAAUGUUACGGUGAGAUUCUGCACCGUUGGGGUUUAAGGGAGAAGAGGGCAGAGGUGCUCAAAUUUCUUUCUUGCCCACCAGAGCCACACAAAGGCAUAGAGUUUGGUGUUUAUUGCUGUCACUGUCGCAGUCAGGCACGAGGCACCCAGUGUGCCGUCUGCAAACGCUUCACCUUUCAGUGCGCCAUCUGUCAUGUGGUCGUCCGCGGCUCCUCUAACUUCUGCUUGAGCUGUGGCCACGGCGGGCACACCAGUCACAUGAUGGACUGGUUCCGCUCUCAAGAGGUCUGCCCAACCGGCUGUGGGUGCCACUGCCUCUUGCAAAGCACCUUUUGAAAUUUACAAAAAGGAAUGUUCUGGGUUUAAUCCAAGUUAAGCUCAGUCGACAGCACUUGUAGCAUAAUGUUGAUUACCACUAAAAACGAUUUCAACUCGUCCCUUGUUUAUAAAGGCCAAUAGGGUGAGGCACUUACAAUGGAAGUGAAUGGGGCCCGUCUUUAAAGUUAAAAUGCAACAGUAUGAACUUGUUUCAGUAGUAUAGCCACAACAGUAAAUGUUAUUUGCGUUAACAUGAUGUUAGUGUGAUAACAUCUUUGCACUACAUGUGUGAUAAAGUCGAUUGCAAGGUUUACCAGUGUUACAUCCUAAUUACAACAAAGUAAUAUUGCAUAUAACUUUACAUAGAAAAGGUUAGUAAGUGAUUUUAUCACACUGGAAUCAUAUUAGCAUGUAUAAUGUUUGUGUUUUCUGGCUAUAUGUGUGAAAAAGUGUAUAUUUGAACAUUUAUGGAGUGUCCCCAUUCACUUCCAUUGUAAGUGCCUCACUGCAACUGUGAUUUUUGCUUUUUUGGAAUAAAAAAAAAAAAUGUUUGGUAAUCAACUUUUUUUUUCUUCUUUCUGGUAUGCCACAAAUGCUGUUGGUUAUUAAAUCUGGAACAUUCCUUUUAAAGGAAUAAUACACCCAAAAAUUGACAUUUUGUCUUUUGUUUACUCAGUUAAACAUUUACUCUAUAAUUGCAUUAUUACCCUCAUAUCAUUCCAAACCCAUAUGCUGUUCAUUUUGAAACAUCUUAUAACAGCUAUUUUAUAUCUAAAGACAAUUAUAACCACGGCUGCCAAGUCCUAAAAAGGACCUAAAAACACCAUAGAAGCACCUUAAAAGAAGUCUGUGAUUUGUGCGCUAUAUUCCAAGUCUUCUGAAGCCAUUCAGUAGCUUGGUGUGAGGAACAGAAAGAAAAUUAAAACAUUAUCUUAAAAGAAAUCAUGACAUUUUAGAGCUUCAGUGGAUGUUCACUGAAUAACGACUUAAAUUUUGGUCUGUUCCUCACACAAAACUAUUGUAUGGCUUCAGAACACGAGUCAUAUGGACUUCUGUGCUGUUUUGUCCUUCUUGGAGCUUAACAGGUGUGGUCACGAUGAACUGUUGUAUAGGAAAACCUGCAUGAUGAAAUGGAUUUGGGAUGACAUUGAGGUGAGUAAAUAAUGACAAAAAUUCUCACUUUUGGUUGAACCAUUCCUUUAAGGAAGCAAAGCCUGAUCUCAUUAGGAUAUGUCUCAAAGCUCUUUGUACUGUAGCAACUCCUCGGUGUAAAGACGUUGAGGAAAACAGAUUGUCCUUGCGUCAAAUGGGAUGGACUAACAGCAACUGACUGUUCGUUCAAGUGUAGAAUAAUGUCCAAGUAGGUUUAACAUCAACCUUAUAAUAGGUCAAACCAACCUUGUUAGUGAGUUAAUUGUUAUACAGUGCUGUUUUUUGCACUUUUAUACUGUUCAAUUGAAUAGAUUAAAUAUUUGCUCAAUAAUGUGCCAGGGAAUUUCAUCUGUGAAACAUAAAAGGGAAAAGAAUGUUAGUUGCUGAUUUUAUGUUUCCAAAAAAAAUGUUUUUGUUUUUCUUCAGAUCACUUUUCAUUUGAAAAGAAGAUUUAAAAACUUGUGUUUUGUCCUGCAGAGGAGAAAUGUCUUAUGCUUUGAAGGAUGUACCAGCAUGUACAGAAAGUGUGCCAUAAGAGUAUUAAUACAUUUGACAAUAGCAGGAUCAAUACUUGAUAUGCCACUUGAUUAGUUGUAGUAAUGCUGCAGGAAAUAUAUUUUAAAUUCUCUAUCGAAUGUCUUCAUAAAAGUGUAAAUCAAACAUGUAAACUGCCUUUACUACCUCAUAAAUCAAUGGGUAUAAUUCAUAUUGUUUUUUAAGCAAGGAAUAACAAAUAAACCUACUA